UCUCCUCUCAAAAUUUUAAAAUUAUAGAAAUUAUUCUUUAAAUUUGCUAAAAUAAUAUAAAUCUUCUAUUAUAUUUGAUAAAAAAUAAUUUUUUAAAAAUUUCUAACAUUCUUUUAACAAAUCUUCCUUACCCGAACAGGACGAUCCCUCCUACCAUUUCUCCCUCCGACUAUACUGAUUUAAACCCUAAACCACGCGCCUUCCCGCCGCCAGCAAUGAAAUUAGAAGAGGCGUUCCUGUUAGCUCUCUGCAAACCGGCGAGCAAAACGAAUCUGAAAUCUCCCUCUAAACACUAACUCUUGUUGCUGUUUCCGUGCCGCAGGGCAAAACCGGCGUCCAACCUACAAAUUCUCUGCCUCUGAUCUCGAAGGACAGCGACAAUGGGGUUUAAUCUGUUCGACGGCGAUGGCUCAGAUGACAAGGAAGAUCUUUCGAAGAUAGAGAUCAACGAAGAGUUCGCUCGCAGGUACGAGUACAACAAGAAGCGCGAGCAUCUUCAGCGGCUGGAAGAGCUGAAGAAGAAGGGCUUGGUUGAUGACUCAUCGGACACCGAUUCCGAGUCCUCCGAGGAUGAUGAAGAGGAUGAUCUCGCUAAUUCGAAGAAAGAUUUGGAGUUUUUUGAUGCGCUGCUUAAGGUCAGGAACCAAGACCCCAGCCUUAAGUUGAACGAAACGAAGCUUUUUGAGUCAUCCUCGUCGGAGGAUGAGGAAGGGGGUGAUGAAGAAGAUGGAGGUCGAGAAAAUGAAGGUGGUGGGCGUAAGGGUCGAGAAGGGAAUAAAAAGGAGAAGAAGCCAAUGUACUUGAAGGAUGUGGUGGCGAGGCACUUGAUAGAGGCAGGGCCGGAGUUCGGAGGGAAAGAUGAGGGUGAGAAGGUGAAGAGUUACGCUGAGGAACAAGAGGAGAUGAGAAGGGCGUUCCUUGAUGCUGCAGAAGCGGCUGAGGAUAGUGAUGAAGGGGAGUUUUUGAAGGUGAAGGAGAAAAAGAAGGAGGAUGAAGACGGCGAAGAUGAUGAUGAUGAUGGUGAGUUUCAGAAGAAAUUGGAUCAGUAUUUUGGCAAGGAUCGAGAGUUGGAUGAGAAUGCUACGUUUUUGAAGGAUUAUUUCUUGAAUAAGAUGUGGGUUGAUAAGGGGAAGGGUGACGAGAGUCUGGCUGAAGAUUUGGAAGCCGUUUCAGAGGAUGAUGAGGAGGUUGAGAAGCAAGAGGAUUAUGAAAGGGGGUAUAAUUUUAGGUACGAGGAGGGUGCAGGGGAUCGGGUGUUGGGUCAUGCUAGAUUUGUUGACGGUUCUGUGAGAAAAAAGAAUAAUGCUCGAAAGGUGCAGAGGAAGAGGAAGGAGGAGAGGAUGAUGCAGGCGGAGCUUGAGAGAAAGGAGGAGUUGAAGCAUUUGAAAAAUUUGAAGAAGCAGGAGAUUAUUGAGAAGCGUAAUAAAAUAAAGGAAAUUGCAGGAAUUGGAGGAGAGGGGGUUUGUCCAUUUGAUGACAAAGACUUGGAAGAUGAUUUUGAUCCAGAAGAUUACGAUAGAAAGAUGAAAGAUAUGUUUGGUGAAGAUUACUAUGAUGCAGUGGAUGCCGAUCCUGAGUUUGGCAGUGAUGGUGAUGAGGAUGGUGGUGAUUUUGAGAAACCUGAUUUUGGGAAAGAAGAUGAAUUGCUUGGACUUCCCAAGGAUUGGGAUGUUUGCCAACUGGGUAAAGGGUUUGUAGCUCAGAAAGAAAAAAAAUUGAAAAAUCUAGACGAUGAAGGUGACCAGAAGCAAGCAGGUGAAGAAGGCAAGCAGAAGAGGAAGUGGGAUAAGGAUAUGGAGGCACUGUAUGAGCUGGACUAUGAGGAUACAAUUGGAGACCUGAAAACUAGAUUCAAGUAUGCAAAAGUAAAGGGAAAUAGAUAUGGAUUGAAACCUGAAGAGAUAUUAGUUAUGGAUGACAAGGAGUUGAGUCAGUAUGUUUCUUUGAAGAAGCUUGCUCCUUACAGGGAUGAUGAAUGGAAGGUUCCAAAUAGUAAAAGGCACGAGCAAAAAAUGAGAAAUAAAUUGCUUCUCCAAGGAGGUAAAUCAAAUAACCAGAAGAUUGGUAAAAAGAAGAGCUUAAAAGGUGGUGAUAAGAGGUCAACUUCAGUGAUGGGUGACGUGGAAGAUGGAAAAGCUCAAGCAGAAUUGAAUGGUGACAUGAGCAAUGUGUCCAGGCGAAGUAGGAGAAAGCGCCAUCAAGCAGAACUUAAGCUGUCACAGUCAAGGUUAAUGGCUUAUGGAAAAUUCCCCCCUAAAGCUAUAAAAAAAUUAAAGCAGUGAAAAUUUGCAGUGAUUUCUAAGGUUGCAUUAGAGGAGGUACUUCUUUUGAUAAGCUUAAGUAUAUUAUUACUGAAAUUUAUGCCCCAGAUCUUGGGGCUUGAUUCCUAUGUUAUACACCUGCAAUGAAUUUAAACUUCUUUCAUUAUUUUGUAGAUUUUUGCUUGUUUAUGUUGUUAGUAUGUUCUGAAAUUUCA